CCAACCCCAUUGAUGCACUGCACCGCCGGAUAUUCCGGCCAUGACUCCACUUUGGUGCAGGAGUCCUGUUACCUUGUACUUGACCAAACACACAGGCGACAGAGCGACUCUGAUAAAGCUGCGUCGUUCGGCGUCGAUGCCGCCUUGACCCUCGGCAACUGUUCUUUUCCUUCUCGGCCCCGCAUCUCACCUUGUUCGCCAUGGAAAGAAUACCUUCACCACCGGCGCGAGUGUCAUCCUCGUCGUCUGCCUCGGCAUCAGUUGAGGGUACUCCGGCUGCGACCUCUGCUCCCAAGCGAGCACGCCGUCGAGCCCACCCGACUGGUGUGCCCCGGUUGUCCAUGAGGAUAGGCGGUAACCCGACGGUUGCCUGUCAGAGGUGUUAUCAUCGGAAGAAGAAGUGUGACCACGAACGUCCAGAAUGCGGGGCGUGCCAUAGGUCCGGGGUCGAGUGCGUCUACGACAUUCCUGUCACCGACUCGAGUCAUCCGACCUUUGUUGCGAACCUGCUCAGCACCAAUGCCGUCCAGCGUGAGACGAUAGAUUCGCAGUCGGACGAGAUCAAGUCCCAGCAUGAGCGUAUAGCCGCGUUGGAGGCACGUCUUCGCGAUCUCGAGGUCGGGUCGUCGACGUCUCGCUCGGCCACGCCUCCAAUGUCCAACGCGGCGACAUUUGCCGAGCGUGCCGUGCGCAAGAUUCUAAUCAACGAGACUGAGACGGGAUUCUCCUUCACCUACGCCAUUGGCCGUCAUCUUGGUGUCCCGGAGGCCAACCCUUCCACGGCGGAAACGAAGGAGCCAGAGGCGCCAGCGCCGAGCAAGAUCACUGCCUACCCACCAAAAGAGCUCGCUGAGCAGUUUGUCAACCUCUUCUUCGACUACACGAUCUCGUUCUACCCGAUUCACGAUCGACAGGAGAUUCAGGACGACAUCGAUGACAUCUACUCUGGCGAUCAACCACCCACGCCCGAGACCAUGAUGGCUCCCGAUUAUCGCGUGUAUCGACUUUUCCUGAUGCUCGCCGGCGGGUGCACUCUCUUCGAGUCGCGACAUGGCUGCGGGGUCACUGAUACGUCCGAGUCGCUGUGCAAUUACGCCAUGGAGCACUUUCCCGCCGUCUUCCGCGGUGAUGACCUUCAAUGCCUCACUGGCCUGACAACGUUUGUCAACUACUCGGUGCUCCACUUUGGCCGCGUGUCGCAGUACAUUGCGUCUGGUGUUGCCUCUCGGUUCGCCCUCGAGAUUGGCUUGCACAAGGAGGAGCCGGGGUCGUACACCACGCCCGAGCAGCAGCAGCGCCGUCGUCGACUCUUCUGGUCGGUGUACAAUCUCGACAGGUUGGUGUCGGCUGCACUGAAUCAGCCCGCCACUAUCCCCGAACAGCUCAUCAGUACGCCAUUGCCCACCCACAUUCACACAUCGACACCACUUUUGGGCUACCUGUCACCAGUCGACUACUUUGCGGUGGUUGUUGCAGGUCGUCGGGUGGCAGGUAUACUUGCGGAUGCCGUGUACAUCACGCCACUUGGUGACGCACACGAGACCCAACAACGAAUCCAUGUGCUCGUCGAUAACUGGUACGCCUCGGUCCCGCGUGAUGACACCGGCGCCGUCUUGCCAUUCUUCGAACUGUGCUACCACGCCCUUCAAGUCAACAUCUACCGCCCCUCGCCAUUGUCCCCAGCUACCGAGGCAUCGCGCAUGCCUAUUCUGCGUCACCAUGCGUAUGCCGGGGUUAAACUCCAGACAUCAUUGACAGGAAAGGGGAUCGACGCUGCCAACACGCUGCAGUUUCUGUGCUUGAUCAACGUUGCCGCCACGCUCAUCUACACGAUUCUCGAGGCGGACGGCGACUUGCGAAACUUUGACAACGUCGUCUGGCGCAACGAAGCCCUUACCCAGGUCGCCGAGGUCGAGGGGUUCGUGUCGAAAUACUGCGAACACUCACCGGGGGGCGCUCGCUUCAAGGCAGCCUUCAGCAGCUGUGCAAACCAGGCUCGAGCGAAACUGGUAGUGUCGUCGUCGCCGGGCAAUGUACCAUGGACUGCCCAGCCUUCUGCCGGAGGGAAUGUCAACGCGCACGGUGGGCAGCACCAUGCGAGUGCCAGUGCCGGUGCCGAGUGCAACGAUCCACUGUGCUGCGCCAUGUCAAAGGCAAACGGCACGGGUCCAUGCGAUGGAUGUGGCCAAGGCCACAACCAGGCAGCAUUCACAGCCUCCGCCUUUGACCCUGGCCCGCAGCCAUAUUUCCGACCCUCGCCGACGACGGACGCACCAGCGGCUCAGUCUACAACGUUGCCGAGGGAGUUGUGGGAAGCAUGGGCGGCACCGGCGCUCAUUGGCGAGCAGAACCUUGCGCUCGCAGUCGCAGGCAUCGGAAUGGACGAGCUGUUUGCCAAUGUCGGCCUCGACCUGUACGGGCCCGUCACGGGUGCCCCACUAUCCUAG